AUGUUUGUCGCCCGCCUCGCCCUCGGCCGUCCUCCUCCGAGCCUCGCCCCGCCCUGCCGGUGCGCCGCCGCCGCCGCCGCCCAGCUCUCGCGCCCCGGCGUCCGCCCCGCGUCGUCGUCGUCGUCGUCGUCGUCGCGAUGGAAGCAGCGCCAGGGCCGCGACAAGUACGCCCGCGACGCAAAGGUCCACGCGCUCAAGAGCCGCGCCGCAUUUAAGCUGCUCGAGAUGGAUGCCAAGUAUCGCCUCUUUAAGCCGAAUCAGACGGUUGUUGACCUGGGCUACGCACCGGGCAGCUGGUCCCAAGUCGCCGUCGAGCGCACCCGCCCGCACGGCCACGUCGUCGGCAUCGACCUGAUCCCCGCCCAGCCGCCGCGGGGCGUCGCCACCUUCCAGGGCGACUUCCUGUCGCCCAUGGUCCAGCGCCUCGUCAAGGACUUUAUCCUGCGCAUGCGCCGCGACGCCGGGCCCGAGCCGCCGAACAACGACGGCGGCGGCGGUGGCGAGGAGGAGCAGCGCUUGGCUGCGUCCGCCGUGGACCGGCCUAGCUACAUCGACAGGGAGCGGCACUUGGGCGAGACGACGUCGGAUAUGGAGGCCGAGGAGGCGUCGUCGCCGGCCGACGCGGCGCUUGUGGACCUUGUUCUGAGUGACAUGCUCAUGAACACCAGCGGCAACGCCUUUCGAGACCACGCCGGCAGCAUGGACCUCUGCGCCGCCGCUCUGCAAUUCGCCAGCGACACGCUCAAGCCCGGGGGCCACUUCGUCUGCAAGUUCUACCAGGGCGCCGAGGACAAGGCCCUCGAGCAGCGCCUCAGGAAGCUGUUUGCCAAGGUGCACCGGGAAAAGCCCGAGUCGUCGAGAAGUGAGAGCAAGGAGGCUUAUUUCAUUGCACUGCGGAGGAAGCAGGGUGUGCUUCUGGAAGGCGAGGCGUAA